CCCCUUCAUUACCCCCCCCCUUUGUAAUGUUUGUCCCCGCUUGCCCAUCACCAGGGGGCUGAGAGGAGUAUGACAGGUCUUUGUUGUCUGAAUAAAAAUCCGUGGCAGCUCCGGGGAGAGAACUCCUCCUACUAAAUUAUCAAAAAUGGGCUGGCUUUAGUCUCUUAACAAAUUGGACCCAGCUCCGGCAGGAGCAGUCCCCAACCCAACCUACAGGCACUGGGAACUUGCAAGCAGCCAGGGACCUCUGAAAAUACCACUUCUUUUUCUUUCUUUGUGUUCAAAACUAUUUUCUUUCUUCACCAGAUUUUGUUUUCCUGCCCCCCGCUGCAGUUGUUUCCCAUUAGUAACUCGAUCUCUCAGAGCAGUGCGAUUCGCCUUCUUCCUCUCCUUUCCCCUUCACCCGUGUUUGUUUUCUGCACAUCUCCUUCGCGGAGCCGCUGGGCUUGUCCCCCCCUUCUUCUGUUUUCUUUUCCAAGCAGACCAAAUUUCCAAUCUGUCUGCGGCUUUCUUCUUCCCUUCUCCCUCUUGCUUUCUGUCCGCGAGCCUGUCGGCGCUUCCCCACCGCCUGGCGCUCUGCGCUCCCUCCUGCUCCUUCACUCGGAUGAGCUGAAAACCCCGGGCGUGUGUAUAUGGAAAUAGUGGGGUGCCGAGCAGAAGACAACUCGUGUCCUUUCCGCCCCCCAGCCAUGCUCUUCCACGGGAUCUCCGGAGGCCACAUCCAAGGCAUCAUGGAGGAGAUGGAGCGCAGAUCCAAGACCGAGGCCCGCUUGGCCAAAGGCGCCCAGCUCAACGGCCGCGACGCGGGAAUGCCCCCGCUGAGCCCCGAGAAGCCCGCUCUGUGCGCCGGCUGCGGGGGCAAGAUCUCGGACAGGUACUACCUGCUGGCCGUGGACAAACAGUGGCACCUGAGGUGCUUGAAGUGCUGCGAAUGUAAGCUGGCCCUCGAGUCCGAGCUCACCUGCUUCGCCAAGGACGGUAGCAUUUACUGCAAGGAGGAUUAUUACAGAAGGUUCUCUGUGCAGAGAUGUGCCCGCUGCCACCUUGGCAUCUCUGCCUCCGAGAUGGUCAUGCGCGCCCGAGACUCUGUCUACCACCUGAGCUGCUUCACCUGCUCCACCUGUAACAAGACCCUGACCACGGGCGACCAUUUUGGCAUGAAGGACAGCCUGGUGUACUGCCGCGCGCACUUCGAGACCCUCUUGCAAGGGGAGUAUCCACCGCAGCUGAGUUACACUGAGCUGGCGGCCAAGAGCGGCGGCUUGGCCCUGCCUUACUUCAAUGGCACUGGCACCGUGCAGAAGGGGCGGCCCCGGAAGCGAAAGAGCCCAGCGUUAGGAGUGGACAUCGUCAACUACAACUCAGGUUGUAACGAGAAUGAGGCUGACCACUUGGACCGGGAUCAGCAGCCUUACCCACCCUCGCAGAAGACCAAGCGCAUGCGCACCUCCUUCAAGCACCACCAGCUCCGGACCAUGAAAUCCUACUUUGCCAUCAACCACAACCCAGAUGCCAAGGAUCUCAAACAGCUUGCUCAGAAAACAGGUCUGACCAAAAGAGUUUUGCAGGGAGAACAAAUCUUGGGGCAUUACAGCCAAACAUCCCGACGUUUGAAAAUUCCCUAAAGUAUUAAAGGAAGGGGAAAAGUUUGAUCGGAAAUCCACUGCAGUGAAGACAAAGACAAUAUUAGGUUAUGAUAAUCACACAUUUAAAAAUCUAUUGAGCCAAAAAAAAAAAAAAAACCAGAGAGAGAGAGAGAGAGAGAGAGAGAGAGAGAGAGAGAGAGAGAAACUUAAAUGUCAUUUACUGAAUGUCAACCAAACUUCUGUUCUUUAUGGUGUCUAAUGCAAAUGAAGGCUUAAAAGUAUGUGCUUUAAAACGAAAUUAGAUAAACCGUGUAUAAACCAGAGCAACCUGGCAGUAAUAUGCCCACCCCAUAUUUGAAGAAAAUUUACUGACAAAAAGAAUUCCACACAUUUGUCAAGCACAGUAGUUGUAAAAUAAAGGUCCAAAAACAUUCAUUUCACCUGCUUGCUAAUGUGUAUUAGUCCUAUCUGUUAAUGGCAUUUUCCAAUUGUAAAUUCAAAGAAAAACUAUCACUCAUUUAAGAGUAUAGGGAACAAAACCCAGUAAUUUUAGUAUUAUUGUUUAUUACUUCCUUUUUAAACAGAAAUCUCUGCAUGCACUUUUACAUCUGUCACUUCUAGUGUACACCUCUGUAUGAUGAAUUCUCUUUGCUGUUUCUUGUAUGAUAAAUAGCUUUCAUUAAUAAACAUUUUAUUUGAUGCAAAUAUAGUUAAAUUUAUGUUAAACACACACUGUUGAAAUUAAUUUUUAACACUGUCUUAAGAGGCAGCACAAUGCAUUUCCAACUUGUUAUACCUAGGAAAAAAUCAAACAACAUAAUCAGGUUAAAUACUGGUAGUGUAGGUUAAAAUUGCUUACUUGGCUUUUAACAUUUUAUGACUUUUUGUUUGUUGUAUUCAAUUGACACAUAUAUUAGAAAUGAGAAAACAAAAUCCAAAUUACACAAAAACAAACCUCAAAAUACACUAUCAUGCAAAAUCUCAGCAACUUUUUUAGAUUAGGGUAAAAUUUCUAGGUCCUCUGUAAGUUUACAUGUUUGCUAUGCAAUGAGCAAAUUCCUGAAGUAUACACAUAUUUUCUGAACUAUGAAAAGAGCCAGUCUUUGCAUAGUUCAACUUACAUAUGAUAUUACAAAAAGGAGCAAGUGGAAAGUAAAGCUAUUAUUUAGGGAUGAGAUUUUUUAAUUGAUAAAAGGGAUAUUUGAAGAAAUUUUUUAACUAUUCCUAUUUAGCUGUAUUUCCAAAGCAUAUGUUAAGCAAAUUAACAUAUAACUUUCCAGAAAACUUUUCAUUAUGAUGAAAUUUUUAUUAUAUACAAAUGAACCCUAUGUAAAUGAUGUAACUUUUUUGAAUGACAGACAUUAAAUAUUUCACUUACAUGUAUUCUCAGAAUUCUGAAUGUUUUCUUAAAUGCUUUCACUUCCUGAAUGCUAAAAAAGAAAAAAAAAAUUAAAGAGAGCAACUUACUAAUAAAAAAUAAGCAAUGCACCAUGACAAGCAGGCUAUUUUGAGUCAUCAUGGAACAUGUUGGUUUUGUCAGUAACCUGAAUGUUUGUGCCUCAUUGAAACCUCAUCCAUGGCUAGAGCAAUUCAAAUAGAUUUUCCAAUACAUUUCCAGUCAGUUUAUUCAAAUCUUUGUCCUACAGCUUUGCCUUCUUUCCCUGUCUGUCACCUAUGGCAGUUUCAUUUAGAAAUAUUUUGGAACCUCGCCUGGUUUUACAGACCUUUAAAUAUUUGUCUGGUAUGUGAAAUGCGGGAAGCAACCAAGGAGGAAAAGAACAUAACUGAAAUUAGACAUCUGAAAAAAAUAAUACAAAUUUGAAACAGGCACAUUUUUUAAAAGUAAAAGAAAGGAGUACUAAUUAUGUGAGUAGGAAGAGAAAAAACCCUGUGAUGGAGAGCUGGAAGGUCUGUAAUUCUUUCCUGUGAUAUACUGCAGCCUUUGCUCCCAGGCAAUGGCAUACUAACAGUUGGGUGUGGAAAAGAAGGAGCAGGGCACUACAUUUUCAUAGGUUCUACCUCCCAGAUGCCCGGGUUAGUCAAACUUCUAGCAAAAUGAUCUUGGGCAAAAAAUGCUUUACUGAAUGUUAGCAUCCGUCAGCAUUGGUUGGGUAAUCACCUUAAUGCUGACUACAGACUGGAUAGGAUUUUUUAAACCUCAAAUAAUGAUAAAAUUCCAUGAUAGAGGACCCAAAGCUAACACUUUUAAAACCUUGGUGAUUUUUUAUCACCUAAAAAGUAGAUAGCGUUAUUAAACAAAACUGCAGGAGAAUCUACUGUACACUCUUUUACAAUAACUUUUCACUGGAGUCAAAACAUUUUGUGAUAUCGAUAGAUUAUCCUCCCUUUCUGUUGCAGUGUGCCUGCAGGGGGUAUCAUGGUGGAAAGUGCUAGAAGUGGGAAUUUCUUGAAUGGAAUUUGGAGUCACUCACUCUAGGCUCAAAAAUACUAGUGAUAACACCAUUGUUAUACAAAUAAAUAUAGCACCUAAUUUUGUAUGGACUUUUGCUAUUUAAUUUUCACUGUGCUAUAAACAAAAGUAGCUUCAUUUGCAGAGAGUUUGCGUAUUCUUGACGUGAUUCGAUCUUUUACAUGAUGGUCUCUAGUUACCAAGUUAGUCCAAAUUGGAGAAAUGACUUUUUUUUUUUUUUAAACAAUACAGACAAAAAAAACCUGGGUUGGCAUUUUUAGAUCUACUCUUUAUUUUUAGUCAUUGGGAACUGACUCUAAAUAUUCAAACAAAGAAAAAAAACCUCUGAUGUAAAGUCACAGACCUUUGCUUUACAACCAAUGUUAAAAAUAAGAGACUGUUUUCUUUAUGGUGUGCUGUUGAUUUGGAACCGUUGUACUAAUACCUACUCAGAUCUUACAAAUUUUUUCCAGAAUAAUAUUUCUGUUUAUCCUAUUUUCAAAAUAAAUCCUAAGCUACUAUAUUACUUUAUAUGCCCUCUGGAAAGAUUUCCAUAUCAUUUUACCUGUUUCCAUAACAAAAGUUCAGAAGUGUGCAUGGUACAUAAGCAUAAGUCUAUGAAUGUGAUGUGAACAGCAAUAUAAUCACCACAACUAAAUUUCUUUUUAAAUAGAUAUUUUUUACCUAAUGCAACCCCCGCUGCCAAGAUUUCUUUGUGAAUAUUAAUAGUAACCCCUCCCUUAUCAUGCAUCUUGCCAACAAGUUUUUCUUCCCUUGGAUUAUUAAUAUUUGCUUCUUUGCACUACAUAUUUCUCAUGCUGAAAUGACAUAAAGCAGGCAGGAAGAAAGAUCCAGGUAUUAGCCAUAUGUAGAAAGUUCCUGGUGUGUAUUUCUGUGUAAUUUUCCUUCACAUGUUAGAAUUGUCAGGAACAA